AUGGGCUUGGGCCACGAGCAAGGAUUUGGUGCCCCCUGCUUAAAAUGCAAGGAUAAGUGUGAAGGAUUUGAGCUUCAUUUCUGGAGAAAAAUAUGCCGCAACUGCAAAUGUGGCCAGGAAGAACAUGAUGUCCUCACAAGCAAUGAGGAAGAUCGGAAAGUGGGGAAACUCUUUGAAGAUACAAAAUACACAACCCUUAUUGCAAAGCUGAAGAAUGAUGGCAUUCCCAUGUAUAAACGCAAUGUAAUGAUACUGACUAAUCCAGUGCCAGCCAAGAAGAACAUAUCCAUCAAUACUGUGACUUAUGAGUGGGCUCCUCCAGUUCAGAAUCAGACACUUGCUAGACAGUAUAUGCAGAUGCUACCCAAGGAGAAGCAGCCUGUUGCUGGAUCGGAAGGCGCGCAGUACAGGAAGAAGCAGUUGGCUAAGCAGCUGCCUGCUCACGAUCAGGAUCCUUCAAAAUGCCACGAGCUCUCCCCCAAUGAAGUUAAGCAGAUGGAACAGUUUGUGAAGAAGUACAAAAAUGAGGCGCUUGGUGUAGGAGAUGUCAAGCUCCCUGGUGAGGUGGAAACGAGAGCUACUGAGAAAAAUGUGAACAAUGGUGACAGAGGCACUUCAGCCGCUGUAGGAGCGAUGGAGAACAAGUCCCCAGAUCAGAAGGCAUCUCAGUAUUCCUGCUAUCGCUGCAAACUGAACAUGAAAGAAGGUGACCCAGCUGUCUAUGCAGAACGAGCUGGAUACGACAAAUUGUGGCACCCAGCUUGUUUUGUCUGUUGCACCUGCAGUGAACUUCUAGUAGACAUGAUCUAUUUCUGGAAGAAUGGUAACCUGUACUGUGGAAGACAUUAUUGUGAUAGCGAAAAACCCCGCUGUGCUGGAUGUGAUGAGCUAAUAUUCAGCAAUGAAUAUACUCAAGCAGAAGGUCAAAACUGGCAUCUGAAACACUUCUGCUGUUUUGACUGUGAUUGCGUUUUGGCUGGGGAGAUCUAUGUAAUGGUGAAUGACAAGCCGGUCUGCAAACCCUGCUACGUGAAGAACCAUGCUGCGAUCUGCCAAGGCUGUCAUAAUGCUAUAGAUCCAGAAGUUCAGCGUGUGACAUACAACAACUUCAACUGGCAUGCUACACAGGAAUGCUUCUUGUGUUCCUGUUGCAGCAAGUGUCUAAUUGGCCAGAAGUUCAUGCCGGUGGAAGGGAUGGUCUUUUGCUCAGUGGAAUGUAAGAAAAAGAUGAUGUCUUAGGAGAAGACGUGCACAGAACCAAGCAUUGGUGCGUUCCAAAGGCUCUUGCAUUUCUACUGUAGAAUAUAUAGUAUUGGGGCAUUUAAAGUUAUUGAAAGUAUUAAAUAGCAUUUUCCCAAAGAUUUUUUUUAAUGACUAAAACUUGCUAUGUAAUCUUCAUUUCUUA